AUGCCAACCCCGCUUGACAUCAGAACUACUUCCUCUGUAAAGACUCAACUCGGCGAAACAACACCACUUCUGUCAUAUGCGAAUGUCACGUCUCUCCUCGACACCAUUCUUGCUCGCGGGUACAUCAACGUCGGCACAACUGGGGACUACAAACCGUUCACGUACCUUGUCACGAACCAAACGACCCUGCCGAACACAACGGCAAUCAACACGACAUACAUCGGCGCCGACAUCGAUGUCGCACAGUCCCUGUCCAACGCCCUCGGCCUGCCCAAGCCUCCCCGCCUAGUCGCGACGAAAUGGGCCAACAUCACGAGCGACUUGUCCGCCGGCAAAUUCGACAUUGCCAUGGGCGGUGUCAGUCUGACUCUCGCCAGAGCUAGAACUGCCUUCUUCUCUACCGCGAUCCAGAGAGUCGGUAAGACGAACUGCAUCCGCUGCGCCGACGCGGACAAGUACACCGACCUCGCAUCGCUUGACCAGGCCGGCGUAAAGGUCGCUGUCAACCCAGGCGGAACCAACGAGGCAUUCGACAGGGCGAAUCUCAAGUCUGCGAAGAUUGUCAUGGUGGAGGAUAAUAAUGCAGUUUACCAGGCUGUUCUGGACGGCACUGCCGAUGCCAUGAUCUCUGAUCUGAUCGAGGUCGAGUUACAGGUCAAGCUGCACGAGGGCGAGCUUUGCAUCGCCAACCCUGACGUGCCGUUCAACUUUGAGGAGCUGGGAUAUGCGGUCCCGAGGGAUAUUGUAUGGAAGCAUUUCGUUGAUGCUUGGGUCCAUGUGCAGCUGGGAAGCGGCUCAUGGAACGGCACACUCGAGAAAUGGUUGAACUACAAGUGGCCCAGUGUUUAA